AAGUCAGACGAGUAGUAACUCACGUGUCGGCGAAUCGUCAACUUCGCAAGCAACGAAGAAUUGCAGAUGUUCAAAUAUUGUGUGUGCGUUUGAAGAGAAAGAAGUCACAUAACUAAUAAUCGUGUAAUAUAAAAUUUUACGAAUACUGUAACUACAAAUUCUAACGAAGAUAAUUUAGCUGAUUAAUAUUUUACUAUUUUUUUAAGUUUAAAAGAAAUUUUUUAAUUUCAUUAAUCAAUCAUGGGCGGAUUUUAUCUUCAAUCUCUAGUACGUCCUGAACGUAUUCAAUUAUUAGAGGAGAAUGAGAAUUCAUGUGGUAGCGACAGGACAAAAAAUCUGAUCUAUUUACCACAUCCAUCAGUGUCGGAGAAACACUGUAUAUUUCUAGUGACGAAACAUCACGUAAAAAUAAUUGAUUUUGACAGUGCCCAUGGCACAUUCAUCAAUGGUCAAGCAAUUCCGGCGCACACGACGGUGGAACUUUUCGUAAAUAACAUUAUUGGGAUCGGAACCAAUCAAACUAAGGACGAUGAUCGUAAGAAAAGUUGUGUGUAUCGGCUUCAAUUUGAUGAUAUAUAUGCACCUGGGACCAGCUCUAAUGAAAACAAAUUCAGAGAAGAGAGAAAAUCAAAGAGUUAUCUAUCAACUGUGCCAGAUAAAGUUUAUAAGCCAUUAGACUCCGAUGAUGAAAUAGAAAUAAAUAAUGAUGACUGUAAUCGUUCGGCAUCAACGGAUCUAAUUUCCGAUGACGACACUGAUCGUGGAUUUUCGGAUAAUCAUUCAAAAAGUCAGAGUGAAACUGAGUUGGAUAACUUCUACUUAAACGAUUCAAAAAAAUUUAAAGAAGACAAAAUAGAUAGAAGUAAAAUCAGUCUAAAAAAUACUAGAAAAGCUGGAAGUGAGAAGAGUAAAAAAGACGAAUUCAAAAAUCAGUCUGGAGACAAAGAUGCAAUGAAAAAUAAAGCCAUCGAUAAAGCUAAAGAUAAAGUUAUAAGUAACGGAAAAGAUAAAAUUAAACACAAAGAAAGUGCUGAUAAACGAAAAUUAUCUCGCGAGAAUACAACUACUCACGACUUUAUUUCAAGGGAUUACAUCAUACCGAAGAAGAAAAUGAGAGACUCUGAUGGACGAGCCAUAACUGUUGACAAAGAAACUACUAUCAAUAAAUCUACUCCAACUAGAUUAAUUCCUUCUUCAAGGGCAGCUGCAUCGACUAAAGCUUCGGAAGAUUCAUCGACUCAUCAGACUACUCCAAAUGGUGGUAAAAGCAUUUUUAUCAACGGAAACAAAACACAGCCGAACAUUAUUCGAAGUGAGAAAAAUAGUGCUUCAACAAGUUCUGGAGCUAUUUCUUCAACCCUUACAAAUAAUAAAGAUAAAGUUAUCAGAAGAGUUUUUACUGGAAAGGUCCAGAAUCAUGUUGCUGAUAGGGACGUGAAUAAAGGUGUCGACAAUUAUUACAAAAAUUAUGACAUAAACAACAAAUUAUCCCGGAAAACGAAUGAAUUUCUGUCGCGCAUCUUCAAAUGGGAUCUAGAUUGGUUGGGUUCCGAAGAAGAUCGAGACUUACAAAGGUAUAGUCCAUUAGAAGGGGAAUUAAUACCACAAUUAGGAUUCUAUGCAAGCUAUGAUGACUAUGAUAAAAUAAUGUCUAAUUUGAUAUUACAAAAAAUAUGGCUCCACAUAACUAGAAUUACUGACUGGAAAAAUAAUCAUUUAUUUAAUGCAGUCGUAAAAGAUAAUUCAAUAAGGAAGGUGCCCAUCGGUUUAGUUGAUGAGACAUUAACUGAAUUCGAAAUUGAGAUACCGUUCAAUCGAUCAGAACGAAAAGAUUUACGCCAUCCUGAAAGACACGAUUUCAUCAUGCUCGAGCUGCCUGUGAAAAUCAACAACGACGAGAAAAUUCAGUACCAAAAAAUAUUCGCUUGCACAAAAAGUUAUCACAAAACAUUUGGUCUGUUAACUUAUAAAAUCGUUACCCGAUCUUUGCCAGCGAAUAUUGUGUUCCAACAAAAACUGGUAUUGCAAACUGUCUGCCGCAUUGAUAAAUUUAUUCGCAUGGCUAGAGCUAUCAAAUUUUUACCGUUCACUCCACUGAUGAAAGGUGUAAUUCAGCCAGAUUCCAACAAAGAAGUCUAUGCUUUACCAAAAGUACCAGAUCAUAAGCCACCCAAACUAAUUACCAAUGAUAAUUUGCCUGGAAAUCAAACGGAAGCUGUCUUACGCAUCGCUAAUGCACUCGCUGGGCCUGAUCCUAAAAUUUGUCUUCUAGAAGUCUCACGUUCGAAUAGAUUCGACAUUAUCGUAAAUAUUAUUACGGAGAUAGUUUACGGUAAAAAUAAAUAUCGAACUGAUGAACGGAAUCGUAUACUUGUAUGUGCUCGCAGUGAUGCCUCGGUAGACGAUAUUACGAGUAAAUUAAUCGACGUACGGGAUAAAUUGAAAAAUGAUCACAAGCCGAUGGAAGUAGUUCGUAUAGGCAAUCCUAGAACAAUAAAUCCACGCACUCGUCAUGUUUUUUUGAAUGAAAUCAUGCGUUCAGUUAUGAAUAAAGGAGUCAGUAAUGCCAGCGUCGAUCAAGAAGUGAAUCGUCUGCGAUCAAAAAUCGAAUACAUAAAUACAAAAUUACACUCAAGCAACUAUUUACCAAGUCCUAAACGUUAUGAAUUGACAAAUAAACUCGAUAGUUGUAAUUCGCAAAUGUUACUGCUAAAUAAGAGUUGCAAACAACCACAUUGUGAUGAUAAAGAAUUUAAAGAUGUGAAUAACAGUAUAUUGUGGAAAGCAGAUGUUAUCACUUCUCUCUCAUCGUCAUUUUUUAAUCAUCAAAUGGAGUGGGCAUUUGGUCUCGAAAGUCAAAAUAAAACAGACGUAUGCAUUUUUGAUGAAGAAAACUUCAAUUAUGAGCCAGAAACACUUACUGCUCUCAUGCUUGGUGUCACUAAAAUAUUACUCAUAAGAGAUCCGAGAGUGUCGGUUCAUUAUGAUGAAAUUAGAGCAAAAAAAUUCGGUAACCAAUCGCUUUUUUCACAUAUUAGUGAAUACUUUGACAAUAGAAAUCCAGUUAUAUCUUUAAUUCAUUAGAGUACGCAACGAGUUAAUAAAAAAAUGAAAUUAUUUUAUUUGUUACUUGACGGAUAAAAAAUUUGCAUGUUCUAUUAAAAUCUUUACGAGUGUUAUUUGAAAAGUAAUUAUGCUUCUUAAUAUUUUGUAUUUUUUUUUUUUAAUUAUAUUCUAUUCUUUAUAAAAAUACUUAAGCUAAAGGUAGUUAAGUUGUUAACAAUUGUAAGCUAUUAUUAAUUAAAAAAUUU